UGUACGCAUGCGCAGUGCCCAAGUGGUAGUGAGGGCUAGUAGAGUGAUAACGGUGGUGAAAAUACGUGGCAGAAAUACCUCGACCAUGGAAGUAGCUGCUUUGGUCGCCUUGACUUUGUUGCUGGGGGCGCUGGUUAUUCUCGUUGCAUUAGCCGUAGGCAAACGGAAAGAGGAAUUAAGAGAGGAAACGGAGCAGGCGGCGGAGUUUGCCGCUGAGAGCAGUGCUGUGAAGGGCCAUGCGUCCAAGAAACCGAAGCAGGAGAAGCAGCGCAGUCGCAAAGAUAAACCGUCGCAGCACAGCUUCAGCCAUCCACUGUUGGCCGCUUCCCUGAAGGGCCACAGCGGGAACAUCACGUGCCUCGAUUUCAGCAGCAACGGGAAGUACCUGGCGUCCUGCGCCGACGACCGCACCGUCCGGAUCUGGAGCACCAAAGACUUCCUGGAGCGGGAGCACAAGUGUCUGAGGGCGAACGUUGAGCUGGAUCACGCUACACUGGUCCGGUUCAGCCCAGAUUCCAGGGCGUUCAUCACCUGGUUGGCCAACGGAGACGCUAUUCGAAUCUUCAAAAUGACCAAGAAGGACGACGGCACUCUGAACUUCAAAUCUGCCCCCGAGGAUUUCCCGCAGAAACACAAAGCCCCCAUCCUCAACAUCGGCAUCGCAGAGACAGGCAAGUUCAUCAUGAGCGCCUCCACCGACACCACCAUCCACAUCUGGGACCUGAAAGGAGACAUACUGGCCUCUAUCAACACCAACCAGAUCACUAAUUCUUAUGCUGCUAUCUCCCCAUGUGGCAGGUUUGUGGCGUCUUGCGGCUUCACUCCCGACGUGAAGGUGUGGGAGGUUUGCUUCGGCAAAGGAGGCGAGUUCAGGGAGGUGGUGAGAGCCUUCGACCUGAAAGGACACUCUGCAGGAGUUCAUGCAUUCGCCUUCUCCAACGACUCUCACAAAAUGGUGACCGUCUCGAAGGACGGUACGUGGAAGCUGUGGAACACAGAUGUGGAGUAUAAGAAGCAGCAGGAUCCCUACCUCCUGAAGACGGUUCCCUGCUCCUCAUCUGAAGGCAGCCUGGUGGCUCUGUCUCCGGACGGCCGGGUGGUGGCCGUCAGCGACGGCUGCAACGUGGCCAUGUACGACGCCGCCAGCGGGCGGCUGGAGGAGGAGCUCCACGGCGUCCACAGCAUGGAGAUCACCGACCUCAGAUUCGAUAUUAACGGACGCUUCUUGGCGUGCAGCGGCGACAAGGCCAUCCGAGUGUUUCACAACGCCCCCGGCUACCGGGCGUCCAUCAGAGACAUGCAGGACAUGCUGAAGAAGGCCCAGAACGAGGCCAUGAAGCAGAGACUGCAGCAGCAGAUCAAAGAGGCUCAGAGCGCUCUGGACACUGUGCUCGCUGCUCCCAUCGAAUGAAAGGACCUUAAGUAAAAAAUUUGUUGUGUCUGACUGCUAAUCGUUUGUGGCUGGGGAAAAUGGAAUCCGCAUGAUGUUUUAAUAAAGAAUAUCUUUUUAUGAAAA